GCACAGUGGAGUAACUUGUACCGGUAAUAUACGUAUAGUUGUAUACAAAGCUCGCAGAUGAUACGAGAGAGCUAGAGAUCAUGCCAGCAGCCAGCGCAGUUUUGAAAGCGCACGCACACAUACGUACGGAUUAUCUGUGUACAAAUUGAAUGUAAAAAUAGCGUAAUGUACAGGCAGCCAUAUUGAAACUUCCUCGAUUGUAAAAGCCGGUGUAAUCACAAUUAUUCACUCAUUUCUAUUCAUCUUAAGUGUAAUUAAAACACAUUUUCUAACAUACGUGGAUCUACCCUGUCAUGUCCACAAUGAAUCCGGAGUAUGACUACCUGUUCAAACUUCUUUUAAUUGGUGAUUCAGGUGUAGGCAAAUCAUGUCUUCUUUUAAGAUUUGCAGAUGAUACAUACACAGAAAGCUACAUCAGUACAAUUGGAGUAGAUUUUAAAAUUAGAACGAUUGAACUAGAUGGCAAAGUAAUCAAACUUCAAAUAUGGGACACAGCAGGUCAAGAAAGGUUCAGAACCAUCACAUCAAGUUACUACAGAGGAGCACAUGGAAUCAUAGUUGUAUAUGAUGUCACAGAUCAGGAAUCAUUCAACAAUGUCAAACAAUGGCUACAAGAAAUUGACCGAUAUGCAUCAGAAAACGUCAACAAACUACUGGUAGGCAACAAAUGUGAUCUAACGACAAAGAAAGUAGUAGACUACACGACAGCAAAGGAAUAUGCAGAUCAACUUGAGAUUCCCUUCCUAGAGACGAGUGCAAAGAAUGCCACUAACGUUGAGCAAGCUUUCAUGACAAUGGCUGCAGAGAUCAAGAACAGGAUGGGACCAGGCAGUGUACCUUCAGGCAGUUCACAUGAUAAGAUUAACCCUAGCACCACGCCAGUCAAACCAAGUGGGGGUGGUUGCUGUUCUUAAUAGAUCUAGCACUAUUUUUUUCUUUAUUUUAAUUAGCUUUAUAACACACAUUAUAAUUAUUUUGUGUCCUUUUGGGGCAGGCAGUGAUAAUGAUUAAAAAUCCCAAUAGAAUGAAUAUAUCACUCGUUUAUUUUGUUUUAUUUUGAUAUGUUUAUUUAUACUAAUUAUUUUGUUGGGAGAAAUAUGAAGAGAAUCCUAGGAUUGAAUUGACUGGCACAGUAUAAGAUCACUCUGGCUCUUUGUUUCUGCCAAUGUGUAAGUGAUUUCCAUUAAUGCGAUUGCUAGCAUUUCAUGGUGGAAAGUCCCAGUCUAUCAAGGUAUAUAUCAUCCUAUGCUUUGUGCAGAAUUUAGGAGCAUUCAGUGGGGUAUGAUUGAAUAGAUAACAACAGGUGAGCAUGGUAAACUAAUUAAAAAGUCACGGUCACAAGGAUCUACAAUUAGAGGAAGUAAAUGAACAUCAUACAAUCUGACUAGCUUGGUAUGGUUGAUUAGAUUGUGCGUUGCCUCUAACCAUAUGCUCUAGACACUUCUGGUUUGCCCACACACACACCUGUUUCCCCUUCCAGAGAUUUCAGUGAAGUCCUUGCUUUUGAUUGGCCUAGAAGCUCUGGAGAAAGAUAUCUUGUCGGUGCUGACAACUUUCAUGUAACGGUCCCCUGUUCCAGACUUGUUGGUGGAAAGUCCCUUUGCUUUGACAGUUAGUUGGUUGGUUCACCACCCCCAAUUACUCCUUGAUAUCAUCCAUCUAUGGGUCUAUCAGAGCAAACCACUUAUAGUCUUACUCUGUCCAGUUUCUGGCACCAGAAACUGGACAAUCUAUCUGUUUUCUGCUUCAAAAAUAAUGUGCUCCUUGAUAUAUGAAACAUACACAAAAGAAACUAUAAAUGUGUUGUAAAUGUAAUUAUGAUGAAAUGUGGAUGAUAAAAAAACCUAGUCUUGUGCACAUCCUUGUAUAAAUACACUUUAUUAUAUAUGAUAUAUAUAUACUUAUACCAGUAAUUAGUUAUUAAUCAUUGCUUUUUUUUCUUCAUCUUUUUAGUCUUUGCUUCAAUGACAUAUUUUGGAUAUAUUUGUACCAUUCCACGAUGAAGAUAUUAUUGUUUUUUGGAAGCAUGUGGCCUAAUGCUGUCUUCUUACUAUUUUCCCUCUGUCUUGUUUGUUGGAAUGCUUCUAAGUAAUAAUUAUUGAGUAAAACUUGUUUUACUGUAGUCUAGUGUGGCAUACAUUUUGAAACCAUAAUAAUGUAGAAAUUAUUCAGGGGACUUAUCACUCAAGAAUGUGUUUUGUUUUAUCGAUUUUGUUUGUUUGUUUUUUUAUUUUUAACCACACCAUGCAUUGUUUGAGCCUUUGAAAAUAAAGAAGAAAAUUGAUAAGUUUUGACCUACUGAGAGGGCAUCAUCAUGUCCUGAUAUUUUCGAUGGCUUAAAUAAUUAUGGAUUUGCUAAUGGAGUGUACAGAUUUGACAUUGUAGCAACCGUAGAUAUAUGCAUGGCUCAGUACAGGGCAAUAUUGUGGGUACUUCCAUUCAGAGCGCAAAUAUAGAUAUUGAUAUAAUUAGUCAUCAGUUAUCCCAAUUCUUAACAAGUAACUUAUAUGGGUAUAAAUGUCAAACACUUAAAUAGAUUAUUUUGUACUUUGUGUCAGCCAUGGUGGUUGGCUCUACUAACUUUUUAAGUCAAAAUAUUGGAUUUGUGUUUUGAGAAUGUACAGAUUAUGCUCCAAGACCAAACUGUUUCAAAGCUUACACAUAUUUAUAUCCAAAAAAGCAGUUGGUCUUCAUUAUACUCCCUUCUGUAUUGCAACAACAAACAAAAGUAAAUAGAUUAUAGAAUAUUUCACAAUGUUAAUGUGCUAUGUUUCCAUGUACAAACUGUACAGAUGACUGAUUGAGAUGCUUUAUACAUGGUUUGUAUGAAUGGAGAGAUAGAUAGAUAUGCCAAGUGAAUUUAAUUUAUCAGUAAGGAGUAGAUUUAUAUUUGUAUUUCUCUGUACUUUUUUAAAGAUAGAAUUAUUGAUUCUUGAGGCUUGUUCAGACAUGCAGUGGCAGUGCCCGCAAUAUGUUUAUUGUUGAGAUAUGUAAAGUUUAGCCAGUGAACAUCUACUAAUAUGGAUAUUCUGUACUUGUGUGUCUACCCUGUCGUUUGCUGCUCUUGUUCCAUCGGCCACACAAGCCUGAUCGAAUUAAAAAAAAAGCUGUCCAAUGAGCCACACAGGUAUACCUUUGUGUUUAUGUCUAUUGUCCAAUAUGUUUGUUCAAUUAUGUACAAAGCAUUUUGCAGAGGGGCAGCAAAAAGAGAACGUCUCUUGCUUUGACAGCUUGUUAUGUUGCUUCAUUUUUCCGUAGGCUUUUCACUCAAAAAUAUGGGGUUGAUACCUCAUGUCUUAACAAGCCUUUAUAUGUCUGUGUGGAGGUCUAUUCUUGUUCCUUUCUUUUUGUAACAAAGCAGAGAAAUUUCAAAUCAUUGAUGAAGGAUAUGCAGCCACCAGUGUUGUCUUGUCUAGACUGACCAUACUGGUUACAUGUUUUUUAUGUCAACUAUUUUGUGUAGCUAUAUAUUGCAACCGUUCUAGUGUACAUUAAAUCAUGCACAGAUGAGGCUUGUGAGACAGAACAUCCUCUGGCCUGUUGUGCCACUUCGCUUUCAUGGUUUCCAUUUUAAAUCACAAUAACAACAACAAAAGGGAACUACGUAGAUCAGGAGACUUCGAUGAUAUUUUGAUUAUCGUGAUACAAAUUACUUAUUGCACAUUGUGUUAAUUUUGAAAAAUCAUUGGUUUAGAAGUGGAAGGGGCACAACUCACAUGUUCAGUGUUUGGUUAUAUUCCCUCAUGAUAUUAUAUGCAUUUAUGACAGUCUGUUUUCCUUAUUAUUUUUCUUAUGGCUCCAUGAACAGCUAGUUCAAUGAAAUUGAGAUUAUUUCCGGACUUUUCAAAUUUCCCAACUAAGAUGAUUCCCUUUACUAAGAUGUACAGAAAAAAACUAGCAAUGCGGGCUUCCAAUUCAGUGAUAACCGACAGCAAUUAUCAAUAUCUUUUCUGAUUUUAAUGAAAACAUCUCCCCCCCUUUGCCUGUACUCUGUCAUUUUAAGUCAGAUUAAUACCCCUUUCAUAAACCCAAUUAUGCGGAUAAUAUCCGCAUAAUUUGGUCGUAAAAUCGGAGCGGGACCAGAGUUAUCCUCAUUAUUUUGAUGCUGCAAUUAUCCGCAUAAUAGCGGCAUCGGGACCAGAUUUUGACUUUAUGAACGCAUUUCCAAAGUAAUGCGGAUAAUUGCCAUGGUGCGGUCACAAGGUCACCCUUUUCCAACACAACCCCAUCAGAGGGGGUGUGUGCAGUUGCCAUGACAAUUAUCCGCCUUAUUCAGGUCGGGCGCUUGUAAAAAAUAGUGCGGAUUAUUUUCGGAGUUUGUGAAUGCAAUUUUUAUUGAAUUAUCCGCAUUACUCUUAGGCGGAUAAUUGGAGGAUGGGUUUAUGAAAGGGGUAUCAGGGUUACAUCACACUACUUUCUGCUCAACUGCCACCAAAGUAUGAAGGAAUGGAAGGAGCAGUGAUUCUGAAAAUUAUAAGGACAAGUAUUCUUUCACAACUUAUGUUACUUAUUUCCUGUACAAUGUACUAUAACAGAUUUGUUGACUUUCAGGAAAUGUCUGUUGGUGUCAAACUGGUGGGAAAAUGAGAAUUCCAAUAUUUGCUCUUUUUUCUGUAAAUCAUAAUUGUGUAAUCAAGACAUCCCAAUGUACUUAGCUCAACAGCAUAGAUUUGUUAAAUAUUCUUGAUAAUAAUAUGAAUAACAGAUAAGUGGCAGUAGUAGUUAGAUAUUGUAGCCUUGGGAUGCUGACUCAUUGCAGAUAAAAGAAUUGUCUGAAAAUAUAGAAAAUGGAGUGAAUUUGAUUAAAUCAUCUGUAUUUAUAUCCAUACCAAUAAUUUGUUCCUUCACUUUUCCGUUUCCAAUCCCUAAAUUAAAGAGUGAGAAAUGUCUUAUGAAAGUGAUUCAAAUUGUAUACACAAAAUAAAAUGCUUUUGUGUACAAUAACCGCUUUUAUCACAACUUACCUACUAUAUAUAUGUGUACACUGUUAAAAUAUAUAACAUGAUAUAGAUAAUUAUUUACUGCAUUUUGUGUAAUAGUAGUUAUAGUUAUAUAUCAUAAUUUGCUAAAAAUUCAGAUGUUUCUUGUAGAUUACUGGACAUAGAGAUUUCCUUGUCUUUUUUAUGCUUUGAUUUCCCCCCAACAAUUAGAUAGAAUUCUUGUACGAGCAUUUGAUAGGGAUAUGUGUAUGUAAUAAUCAGCGAUCUGUUUUUGUUUCAGUACAGCUACGUGUGGAGAAGUCAGUCAUGUCAUCACCCUGUGUGCACUGGAAUUGCUGACUCUCAGUUUUUUCUCUGUGUGUUAAUGGAUUUGUAAAAAAAAAAGGAGAGAUUAAAAGAGUACAGUCUUAGGAACUUUCCAGAUUUAUACCAAAUUGUAGAUGAAUUUAAUAUAGCUUGUAAAUUGAAAGUCAGCAAUUUUGAGUGAUGUGUACUGAGAAGUGUGUUUUUUUCUCUCUCUUUAUCUGGGGAUUUUACUCUGGUGUAUUUUUGUUUAUUGAUUAUUACUAUCACUACUAUGUCAAUUAUAUCUGUACAGACUUGUUCUCUGCAUUUGCAUAAAAAUUGUCAAAAUUGCUUCAUUAUGAUGAACAUUUUCCAGAAAAAAAAAUGUGUAGUGUACUGAUUUAUAAUGUUAUAUGUAUGUAAGGUCUCUUAAGAACAGGUUUGGAACAUUAUAAAAAGAAGUGUUGGAGAUAAUAAAAAUGGUAGAGUUUUUGAUGGAGAAGUAAAGAUGAAGAAUAAACAUCUUGAAGUUGUCAUGUGACCGUCACAUGACUGUCAUGUGACAUCCAUCCAGUACAAGCUGCUGAUGUAAUUAUGGCGGUUUAUUUCAUAGAUAACAGAAAUAAACACAACACAUGAUGUGGCAUCUCGA